AUGUACGAAGGGAUUGACAACCUGAAAUCCCUUUACGACCGUGCCGGGAAGACUUUCUCCGGCGGUCCUUCUGCGGCACAGGAUGUGUCGCGUCGUACUGCUCGACCAGACCCAGUACGUCAACCAUCAGUUGGGAGCGGGGCUCCCAAGAAUCCCAGGACGGGGGAUAGCCGCGCCACCGGACGAGGUAACUCGUCCGACGUCCGUUCACGUCGCGGUGGUUCAACAGCUGCUCUACUAGAUAGCGCUGGCCACCGCGAGAGUCCUCUAAUGGAGGUGGAGGAGGAGGAAAGACGCUCUCCACACGAUCAUGUGGAUCGGUGUGUUCCCGAGAGCUUCUUUGAUCGCGUAACGCAAGGGUUACGCGACGAUCUCGAGCAUGAGCGGAAUAGGCGUCUCCAGAUGGUGGACACUGCCUCGAAGCAUCGAGCUGAGUUUGCCUUUGCUCAGCUUGAGAACGAGAGAUCUCUGACAUCUCUUCGUGACGAGCUAAGGGUAGCUCGUGGGAUUGUUGAUCGGUCUCGGGCUGAGAUAACUGCUCUUCAGACCCUUGUUGAUGCCCACCAUCGGGAGCACAAGGCUCUCUGCGAGAUGCUUGAGCGCAAGGGCGUUCUUCAUCGGAAGAAGCAGCGUACUGAUGGUACGGCUUAA